UUCUUCCUCUCCUCACAGCACCUCCUGCCGAAGGGAAAAGGAGACAGUCAGAGGGGGACGACCCCCCAGACCCACUGGUGUCCCCUCAACCUGAUGGUGAGCAGAGCAGGAGCCAGAGCCCAAUCCAGCUGGAGUUAACCUGUGGAAGAUCUACAAGGCCGUGGAGAAGCUGGGGGCCUACGAGAUGGUGACCGGCCGCCGCCUCUGGAAGAACGUGUAUGACGAGCUGGGGGGCAGCCCAGGCAGCACCAGUGCGGCCACGUGCACUAGGCGCCACUACGAGAGGCUGGUCCUCCCAUACGUGCGGCACCUGAAGGGGGAGGAUGACAAGCCGCUGCCCCCCUCCAAGCCCAGAAAACAAUACAAGAUGGCCAAGGAGCCUCGAGGGGACGACGGGGCCACCGAGAGGCUGAAGGCCAAGGAGGAGCAGCUGGGCCAGGUGAGCCCCGAGCCCCAGAGCCACCAGAUGAUGCCAGGAAGGACCAAGAUCAACCCCAUCGACCUGGUGAGGCCCCCCAGCCAGGAGCCACCCCAGGACAGAACCGAACAACCAGACCCAGCUCCCGGGUCCUCUCUGCCCUUCGUGGGUGCCAGCGGCUGCCCUGAGGCCUACAAGCGGCUCCUGUCCAGUUUUUACUGCAAAGAGACACAUGGCAUCAUGUCACCACUGGCCAAGAAGAAGCUCCUGGCCCAGGUGAGCAAGGCAGAAGCCUUGCAGUGCCAGGAGGAGAGCUGUCGCCACGGGGCAGGUAGCCCGAAUGGGGAACCCCAGGCGUCCCCGGCUGCUCGCCCCCCAGAGAGUCCCCGGAGCCCAGGAGGGUCACCUGAGAACCACAGGCACCAGCUGGCCCCUCAGGAGGGGUCACAGGGCCCUGGUGGCAGCCUCGGGGAGGAGGCUCAGGUGGGCCCCCACCUGCCAGCCCCCACCUUCACCGGCUGUUUCCAUGCCUACCCCACCAAGGUGCUCAAGCCCAUCAGCCAGCACCCCCGGGACUUCUUUCCCCAUCUCAAAGAUGGGGUGCUCUGGGAAUCCCCUGGCAAAGAGGAGGGGCUGCCAGUCAAAGAGUCGGCGCUGGUGUGGGGUGGGGAUGUCAACCGUCCCUCUGCAUUCCACAGAGGGGGCUCCAGAAAAGGCAGCGUUUGCCCCAGGCCCAAAGCCUGCUGGGUGUCCCCCAUGUCCAAGCUUCCUGCGGAGAGCCCCGUGCCCCUGCCCGCGUUCCCUGGCAGCUCAGGCCUCGGCAAGCGCAGCCGAGAGGAAGAGGGCUUUGUCCCUGGUGGCAAAAAACUGCAGGCAGUGCCUCCCUUUCUCAAGGAGGCGGAUGCCAAGGAGUGUGGGGCCAAGUCUGUGGGGCCUGGCUUGGCCGUCUCCUGCUUGCUGGGCCCAGCCCUGGGGCCUGCCCUCCCAGAGGCCUACAGGGGCACCAUGAUGCGCUGCCCACUGAACUUCACUGGCACCCCGGACCCCUUAAAGGGCCAGGCUCCGUUCCCCUUCAGCCCCCUGGUCAUCCCAGCCUUCCCGGCUCACUUCCUGGCCACUACAGCCCCCUCGCCCAUGGCCGCUGGCCUCAUGCACUUCCCCCCAGCAUCCUUCGACAGUACCCUCCGCCACAGACAUUGCCCAGCCUCAUCGGCAUGGCACGUGCCACCUGCCACAACCUAUGCAGCACCCCACUUCUCUUUCCACCUUAAUACCAAGCUGUAGGUUGGAGCCACCGCUCUGCACUGCUGUGGGGAGUCUGAUGCAGCCUGAGAUGGCGGCACUGCCGGGGGGCUUUGGGCUGGAAGCCCAUUCCUCAGGGGAGCUUGGCUGUGCCCAAUGCAAGAACAGGCCCAUGGGGGGCAGCCUGGCUCAGAGGGUGGCAGUGGGGUUUGUCUUGGUAGCCUGGGAGCUGGGGUCCAGUUGUAGGAAGGCCUUAGGAGAAGCUGGUGCAGGGCAGGGCUGGCAGCACCCAGCUGGGCCCCAGAGCGGAGGCCAGGAACGGGGUGAGGGGCUGAGAAGCCAGCUGGUAGCUUGAGGCAUCCAGACACCCACAGAAAACCCAAUAAAAUGCCAUGUGAAUCCACUGCC